UCGGCGAGCUCCCGGGGCGCGGCGGGGGCUGCGCAGCGUUCGGGCGCGUGCACGCGGGGCGGGAGCGGCGGCGGCACGAGGAGGAGGAGGAGGAUGGCGGAGUCUUCGGACAAGCUCUACCGGGUCGAGUACGCCAAGAGCGGGCGGGCCUCCUGCAAGAAAUGCAGCGAGAGCAUCCCCAAGGACUCGCUCCGCAUGGCCAUCAUGGUGCAGUCGCCCAUGUUUGAUGGAAAAGUCCCACACUGGUACCACUUCUCCUGCUUCUGGAAGGUCGGCCACUCCAUCCGGCACCCUGAUGUUGAGGUGGAUGGGUUCUCGGAGCUGAGGUGGGACGACCAGCAGAAGGUGAAGAAGACUGCAGAGGCCGGAGGAGUGGCAGGCAAAGGCCAAGGUGGGUCUGGCAGCAAGGCGGAGAAGACGCUGGGCGACUUUGCGGCUGAGUACGCCAAGUCCAACAGGAGCACGUGCAAGGGCUGCAUGGAGAAGAUAGAAAAGGGCCAGAUGCGCCUGUCCAAGAAGAUGCUGGACCCAGAGAAGCCCCAGCUGGGCAUGAUCGACCGCUGGUACCACCCAAACUGCUUCGUGAAGAACCGGGAGGAGCUGGGGUUCCGGCCCGAGUACAGCGCGAGCCAGCUCAAGGGCUUCAGCCUCCUGUCUCCGGAGGAUAAAGAAGCCCUGAAGAAGCAGCUCCCGGGAGUCAAGACUGAAGGAAAGAGAAAAGGCGAUGAGGUGGAUGGAGUAGACGAAGUGGCCAAGAAGAAAUCUAAGAAAGAGAAGGACAAGGACAGUAAGCUGGAAAAGGCCCUCAAGGCCCAGAAUGACCUGAUCUGGAACAUCAAGGACGAGCUAAAGAAAGCGUGUUCAACCAACGACCUGAAAGAGCUGCUCAUCUUCAACAAGCAGCAAGUGCCAUCCGGGGAGUCAGCGAUCUUGGACCGCGUGGCUGAUGGCAUGGUGUUUGGUGCCCUCCUUCCUUGCGAGGAAUGCUCAGGCCAGCUGGUCUUCAAGAGCGAUGCGUAUUACUGCACUGGGGAUGUCACUGCCUGGACCAAGUGUAUGGUCAAGACACAGACACCCAACCGGAAGGAAUGGGUCACCCCAAAGGAAUUCCGAGAAAUCUCUUACCUCAAGAAACUGAAGAUCAAAAAGCAGGACCGGAUAUUCCCCCCAGAGACCAGCGCCCCAGCGGCAGCAGCACCCCCGCCCUCCUCAGUCUCAGUACCCGCCACUGUGAACGCCUCUGCUCUGCCAGACAAGCCGUUAUCCAACAUGAAGAUCCUGACUCUUGGGAAGCUCUCCCGGAACAAGGAUGAAGUGAAGGCCACGAUCGAGAAACUGGGGGGAAAGUUGACAGGCACAGCCAGCAAGGCCUCCCUGUGCAUCAGUACCCAAAAGGAGGUGGAAAAGAUGAAUAAAAAGAUGGAGGAAGUGAAAGAGGCCAACCUCCGCGUUGUGUCUGAGGAUUUCCUGCAGGACGUCUCCACCUCCACCAAGAGCCUUCAGGAGUUGCUCUCAGCCCACAUCUUGUCCCCCUGGGGGGCCGAGGUGAAAGCGGAGCCUGUGGAAGUAGCGGCCCCAAGAGGGAAGUCAGGGGCAGCGCUCUCCAAGAAGAGCAAGGGCCCUGUCAAGGAGGAAGGAAGCAACAAAUCUGAAAAGAGAAUGAAAUUAACCCUUAAAGGAGGAGCAGCUGUCGAUCCUGAUUCUGGUCUGGAACAUUCUGCACACGUCCUGGAGAAGGGUGGGAAGGUCUUCAGCGCCACCCUCGGCCUGGUCGACAUCGUGAAAGGAACCAACUCCUAUUACAAGCUGCAGCUGCUGGAGGAUGACAAGGAAAGCAGGUACUGGAUAUUCAGGUCCUGGGGCCGUGUGGGCACAGUGAUUGGUAGUAACAAGCGGGAGCAGAUGCCGUCCAAGGAGGAUGCCAUUGAGCACUUUAUGAAAUUGUACGAAGAGAAAACUGGGAAUGCCUGGCACUCCAAAAACUUCACAAAGUAUCCCAAAAAGUUCUACCCUCUGGAGAUUGACUACGGCCAGGAUGAAGAGGCGGUGAAGAAGCUGACGCUAAACCCUGGCACCAAGUCCAAGCUCCCCAAGCCGGUGCAGGAGCUCAUUAAGAUGAUCUUUGAUGUGGAAAGUAUGAAGAAAGCCAUGGUGGAAUAUGAGAUUGACCUUCAGAAGAUGCCCUUGGGGAAGCUGAGCAAGAGGCAGAUCCAGGCCGCCUACUCCAUCCUCAGUGAGGUCCAGCAGGCGCUGUCCCAGGGCAGCGGCGACUCCCAGAUCCUGGAUCUCUCAAACCGCUUCUACACCCUGAUCCCCCACGACUUUGGGAUGAAGAAGCCUCCGCUCCUGAACAACACAGACAGUGUGCAGGCCAAGGUGGAAAUGCUGGACAACCUGCUGGACAUCGAAGUGGCCUACAGCCUGCUCAGGGGUGGGUCUGAUGAUAGCAGCAAGGACCCAAUUGACGUCAACUAUGAGAAGCUCAAAACUGACAUUAAGGUGGUGGACAAAGAUUCCGAGGAAGCCGAGACCAUCAGGAAGUACGUAAAGAACACGCACGCGACCACACACAAUGCGUAUGACCUGGAAGUCGUUGAUAUCUUUAAGAUAGAGCGCGAAGGGGAGAGCCAGCGUUACAAGCCCUUUAAGCAGCUGCAUAACCGGAGGCUGCUGUGGCACGGCUCCAGGACCACCAACUUUGCUGGGAUCCUGUCCCAGGGUCUCCGGAUAGCCCCACCUGAAGCGCCUGUGACAGGCUACAUGUUUGGUAAAGGGAUCUAUUUCGCUGACAUGGUCUCCAAGAGCGCCAACUACUGCCACACGUCUCAGGGAGACCCGAUAGGCUUAAUCUUGCUGGGGGAAGUUGCCCUUGGGAACAUGUAUGAACUGAAGCAUGCGUCGCACAUCAGCAAGUUACCCAAGGGCAAGCACAGCGUCAAAGGUUUGGGCAAAACCACCCCUGACCCCUCAGCCAGUGUUACUAUGGAUGGCGUGGAGGUGCCCCUGGGGACUGGGAUUUCCUCAGGGGUGAGCGACACCUGCCUGCUGUAUAAUGAGUACAUUGUCUACGAUAUUGCUCAGGUAAAUCUGAAGUAUCUUCUGAAGCUGAAGUUCAAUUUUAAGACGUCCCUCUGGUGAACUGUGAGGGGUGGCUUCGUCGCGGCCCAGUGGCUCUGGUAUGAAUUUGCCUGCUGGCUGUGCCCUGGCUCACUGGGCGGGCGCCUCGGCGGCGCUGCCGAGGGAUGGUCCUUUCACGGAGUCUCCUUAGAAAGGGUUUUAUAUCAACACUCGGUCUCAUGUGAAGCGGUUUUUCCCAGCUUUUCAAAUCCCUUGUUUGUGUUGGUCGGGGGAGGGGGGUGGGGGGAGGGGGUUGUUUGGGGUUUUCCCUGCCAGCCAUAACCCUGGUAGGUACAACUGACAGUAGAGGAAAAGUUGGGAAGACGUUGGGGGGUUUUUUUGUCUAGACUAGUCCUGUGGAAAGAACCGAGCCACGUUAGCACGUCCGCCUUCCUGGUUUCCCACAGAAGGAAAAAAAUCUCCCGCCCUUAUUUCUAAGUGUUUGUCUUUAGUUUUGAUUCUGGAAAAAUGUUAAGCAUUUAUUUUGAGGUAAAAAUAAAAACUAAUUUCAUACUA